AUGACACAGUAUGGACGUUUUCAAUUAUGUCGAACAUCAAUUGAUAUGAAAUGUUGUCAACAAACACCAGUAUUAUUUGAUUAUUAUGUAAAACAUCGUUUUGUUAAUGUUUAUGAAUCUAGAUUAAAUUGUCCAGUAACAUGUGGUGUCAAAAAAAUUAUUUAUGUUUUAACAUGUUUAUGUGGCCAAUUCGGCCAUAUCAGUGAAACAUCAUAUGCAUUGACUAUACAUUUAGAUGACCAUGGUCAUAUCUUUGAUUCUAAUGUCAACGUUAGUAUUAAACAUGGUCUUUGGUGUGCAAAUUCAAUACAUCGUCCAGUUUCAUCAAUGCGUCAGCAGCGUUGA